AUGCCCGUUUACAUGGUCCACGGUUUCCGGUGGCCUCGUGCAGGUUUCACAGGAAUCCGGGUAUACGUCGUGCUGCAUAACUUGGAAGAGGCAGCCGCGGAAUACAUCCAGCAACCACUUACGACGGAGUUAAUCAACGAGUCGUUCCAAAAAACACAACCAGAUCUGGUGUCGCGAUUGCCUGAACUACGCUUCAUCGAGCAAUAUGACCCGUACGACGAGUCCAGUAAUACCGUCAGUCAGGAACACGCCUAUGUGGCAUCUAGAGUCUUGACUAUCCCCGAAGAUGGAUCUUCCGAGGAUUCUGGAUUAAAUAUUCAGGAUUGUGUUGAACAGGGAUCGGGUUUAACGCAGGAUCAGGAGGAGGCGUUGGAAGAAUUGCGCAAUCGCUUGGCACCUGAGGAGAAGAUUGGCUGGUUUAUGGUUUACAAUGGGGACCCUGAACGGUAUUAUCCACCUUCAGAUGAUGAUAGUGAGGAGGAAUAUUAUGAUGAGGAGAGCUACACUGAUGAGAAGUCGGUCGCGCCUUCGGAGACUAUGACUGAACCGAGUACCCCGCAAAGCUAUACGACUCGAUUGACAAGACUUUGGAAUCUCAAGAUGGUCCUCUCAUUUAUUCUCGUUCAAAAUCGCCAGGGCAAAACACGACUGGCGAAAUGGUACGCUCCAUACAGUGAUGAAGAGAAAGUGAAGCUCAAGGGCGAGGUCCAUCGCCUUGUCGCUCCUCGAGAUCAGAAAUACCAAUCAAAUUUUGUGGAAUUCCGGCGCAGUACCAAAGUUGUCUACCGACGAUACGCGGGUCUAUUCUUCUGCGUCUGUGUCGAUGCCAAUGAUAAUGAACUGGCCUACCUGGAAGCCAUCCACUUUUUUGUCGAGGUUCUAGAUCAGUUCUUUGGCAAUGUAUGUGAAUUGGACCUGGUGUUCAAUUUCUACAAGGUCUACGCUAUCCUAGACGAGGUCUUUCUCGCCGGCGAGAUUGAAGAAACCAGCAAACAAGUCGUGCUCACGCGACUAGAACAUCUGGAUAAACUGGAGUGA